AUGGCCGAGAUUGACAACGAUAGAGCAAGCCUGGUCAUUGAUUUGCAGCAUAGUGACACGGGCAUGACGGCUCUCCAACGGACUGCGGAAUCGGGCCAAGAUAGCUGCAUUCGUCUGCUCUUAGAAAAUGGUGAAGACUUCACGUUGUUGGACAAUUCGGGAAGAACAGCACUAUUCAUCGCGCAACAGGAAUGGUCUCGAGGCGCCAUCCAGCAUUCAGCUUCGCACAUCCUGGAGCUAGUUAUUGAGCGGGAUCUAGAGAGUGCCAUCUGCGACGAUGACUUGAAAGCCACCUGUGCUAUGCAUGACAAUGUGGAUUUGCUCGAGCGUUUGAAGCAACAUGGCGCUGACUUUGGCGGUCGGGAUUCCCAUGGCUGGACGUCGCUGGAGCUGGCCCGCGCGUUUCAACAGACAGAGGUUGUUCGCUUCCUGGAACGCCAGGACGCCUAG